AUGGGGGACGGCGCCGUGAUGGAGUGCUGCUUCAGCCCGUGGGACGCCGGCAAGCACGCGCAGGCGAAGUACAACGGGCAAGGCCAGUGGUGUUCGCCAGUGCGCAUGCAGACAAUUUGCAAGACGCAGCGGCUUUCCAAGCUGGCGUCUCACAGCCUGGCGAAUCUUCAGAAGCUCGACGCGGGCAUCUACGAUAUCGCCGUGGAGAGGGUGGCCAUGUGCGAGGGCGGAGACGAGCUCAUCUCCCGUGCCAAGGAGAUCGUCGCGAAGAACCAGCAGGCCGCGGCGCCAGCGCAGGAUCCGGUGGAUGACCAGGGCGACGUCGUCAUGGAGCUUGCCGAGGAGGCGCCCGGCGGCGCGCUGGACGCAGCGGAGCCGCCGCCACCGCCGCCUGCUGUGGAGCGCCAAGGACAGCGCUUGUGCGAGGGGUACGUUCUCGGGCGCGCCAUGGGGCGCAAGCUCAAAGGCAAAGGCGACUGCGGCGUGUGCGCUUUCUCCAGGGCGGAGCCCGGCGAGCGUGCCUUUGCCGCGGGCGGUCAUUGCGUGUUCUGCACGCCUGCGCGCAUGAAGGAGGCGGCGCAGAAUCCCAUGAAGAAGAAGAAGAACGUCAUGGCCGACCUGAACAAAUUCAAGCAGGCGAGCGCGGCUCUCCAUGCGAAAGCGCUCGGGAGGCUCCGCAGGCACCUGACGCUGCAUGACUACAAAGAUCUUGUAACUCCACACCAUUGCUGCCGCGGGGCGGGAGAGCACGCGUGCCCGUUCAGCACGGUGAGGCCUGGGCAGCCAGCGCGGGUUGUGAAGAAGGACAAGCACUUGUGCAGCUGGUGCGAUCCGCAAAGGCUGCUGGGCAUGCAGGGAACGUGUCGCCAUGGCUUGCUGAAGCAGUUGGAGGUCUUCCGCGAGAAGGACCAGGCCGUGUUCACUCGAGCUGAGAGUAUCCUGAAGGAGGUGUUCGGAGACGACUACGUGGCGCAGAUGCGGAAGAAGACGGUUCGCCAGAAUCAGCAGGCGGCCCGCGCUCAGAGAGCCCGGAGGCGCAGCGGGAAGACCGAUUGGCCAGAGAAGCUCAAGAGGCGCGCUCUGCAGAUGCAGAAUCCAGCGGACGACAAGGAGGCGCGGAAGAAGUUCCGCAGACUCACCCCGGAGAACCACAAGAAGGUGGAGAACUCGUUCUUCAAGGACAAGGCCGAGAGGAGAGUCCGCGGGCGCGCCGACGAGAUCCCCGAGGGAGAGGAGUUGGGCCCGCCGCUGGAGGCAGCGAGUUUCAGCGAUCUCUCCAAGGGGUUGGAGUCCUGGGCUCUGCGCGGCUCCUGGGGGAUGUGCAAGGAGUGCAGCGUCCUGCAGCCGCGCCCGAUGCACGAGGUCGACAUGUUCCGGGACGCCAGCGAGGAGAUCUCGAACAGCGCUUGCCGUCGGUGCAACGCCUGCCGCAAGAUGUUCGUGCCGCUGCCGGAGCAGGUGCCGAAGAAGCUGCGCGGGCUCUCCGAGGAGGCCGUCGAGGCGCUGAGGCCCAUUGAGAUUGAUGUCGGCCCCGAGACGCGGCCCACCGACAAGUUCGGGCGGCCGAACGGGUAUCGGAAGAAGGUGAAGAUGAUCGCCUUUUACUUCUCUCGCUGGAAUGUGCGCGACAAGAUCAAGGAGAUCGAGGACAGGGAGAUGCGCCACAGGGCGAAGAGGGCGCUGGAGUACCUGCUGUCAUGCGAGGAGUCCUCGUGCAAGUAUUUCUACGACAUGCAUGAGAAGUUCUUCCGCAAGAACGGCGAAGAUGCCGCGGAUAGGAAGCGCAAGCGGCCGUGCCACUUCUUGCAGGAGGUCGGGCUGGAGUGCGCGCUGUGGCCACACCUGUACUGGUGCACGGAGAUGACGGAGACUAAGGAGCAGUGGUCGGAUGCGCGUCGCGAAGACAGACGACAGGCGCAAGUGGCGAAGAAGAAGAAGCCGGACGUCAAGCGGUCCUUCAUCACGAAAUGUUUAUCACCACUCCUGGGGUACGGGUCCAAUUUCGAACUGUUGCAGUUCGUGUACGACUUGAACCUUUGGGCCACGCUCGGCGGGAAGAAGAACCAGGGUCUGGACAACGUCCCCAUGCGAGUGCUCAUGAAGGGCCAUACCUUCUCACCUCUGUUCUGGAAGGAGGUUCACAACGGGCUCGUGGACCUUGUCCGCCAGAUCGGGUUCCCCAAGCUGUUCUUCACCAUUGCGCCGUGGGAGCCAGCGUUCAGGUACCACGACUGGUUGCGGGAUGAGAUGGAGAAGACUCUGAGGACCCGCAUGUAUCUGCCAGUGGGAGAGACGCUGCACAUCGCGCACGUGCUCAUGGAGAUUGUCCGUGGUCUUCUCGCGGGCAAGAAUCAGCAAAAGAUGGACAAGGCGAGCAAGUCCUGGACGAAGCACGUGUUCUCCGCCAAGGAUGCAGAUGGCAGGCAGGUGCGCGUGCAGUCCUUCACGCGCUUGGAGUUCCAAGACGGGAGCCGGAAGGAGGGCACGAAACGGUAUGGCGGUUCUGGCCGGCCUCACUUGCACGUGCUGUUCUUCGCGGAUGCCGAGGCGAUGGCGGACAUGGGGCUCGAGCAUCAUCUGUUCGCGACGAAGCCCGACGACUUCUCGGAUCACCUGAAGGGUUACGUGGAUGGCUCACAGAUGGACAGGCACGGCGGUGGUGAGAGCAAGUGGCCGAUCUACCACGGCCCGUCGGGAGUUCACAAUGACGACGGCAUCCUGGAGUUGAAGCACACAGAGCAGGACCACGACGCGGGCAUGAGGGCGUUCUGUGCAGACGUCAUGGAUGGGCAGCCGUGCCACCAGGACUGGCUCAAGAGCGACGGCGAGGCCAUGCUCUUGCAGUAUGUCUCGAAGUACGUCGCAAAGUUCUCCGACAGCAGCUACGACGAGUGGAUGAGCGACAGCGCCUCCGCGGACAGCGUGGCGCGGCGCGUGUGCUUCGAAUAUCAUCCGUACGAGCUGGAGAUGAUUUUGCAGCUGUGCGGAGCCCAGUUCCGGCAGUACGACAUCUCGACGGCCAGUGGCGGGUUCCGCACCGUGUCGGCGCCCUACGCGGGCAUGUCAGUGGUGCCGGAGUGGGUGCAGAAGUACGCCGAGUGCGCGUGGCGCCACGACGGAAUGGCUCUGCUGGAGUGGUUGCGCAAGACCAACGACGACGGGGACAUCGCGGGUUGGCUGGUUCGCAAGCACAAGCAGGAGCUCAUGCUGGCACCCUACCGCAGGUACAAGGAGACGCUAGACGACGGGGAGGAGCCGCUGACGCUCGACGCUUACUGGCGCAGCCUCCGCGCCGCGUUCAAGGACGAGCCGAACAGCGAUGAGGCGCCGAUGACAUUCAUGGAGUAUCUCGCCGCGAGGUAUAAGCAGGACAAGAGCGACGACGAGGGCGAGAAAGUCGUCAGCGUCGAGACCGUGUACGAGCUGAAUGACCGCUACUACGGUCAGUGGGCGGCCAUGAACGUGCCGUUCCGUUCGCUGGACGAGUUCGUAUUCGAAGACAUAGAACAGCGUGUUCCCGGGAAGUAUCGCUACCUGGCGUCGGCGCUGCGGCUGUGCUCGGACCAAAGUCGCGUCGCCGCAGAGCAUCGCGACCUGUUCACCAACGACAAGCUUCUCGUGGACUACAUGAAGGCGUCCGCGAAGUCGACGAAGUUCAGCGAGAACGUUCUGAGCAUGGUCGUGGCGCAGAGGAAGCUCAUUAAUAUGUAUCUGGCGGGUGUUCUUGACAAGAGCGACGAGAGCGCUGCGGCGGCGGCGGAGGCGGCCGCGGAUGGGAAUCGCAGACGUCCGCGAGACGACGCGGAGGGAGCGGCGGACGUGAGGUGCAACCAGCAGCAGCUCCAGUUCGAGUCCGCGGUCGACGAGAGCGUCGACCGUGCGCUCAGGGCGAACCACUCGGAUGAUUGGGAGGACGCGGACGAGGCGCGCGAGGAGGCAUGGCAGAAGGGGAAGCCCAUCAUCUGCCUCGGCAAACCAGGCACGGGGAAGACCACCGUGGUGAAGGCUUGCAUCAUGCGUGCCCAGGACAAUGGCGCCCGAGUGCUCUUCGCGCUCCCGACGGCACAGCUCGCGAGCCGCAUGCGGGGCGCGCUCAACGACAUGCACGGCGUGGAGGUGGUUACGUGUCACGCAGCGUUCAAGCUGAACGAGCCGGUCACGGAGUCCUUGCCGCUGAUGACCAUGUACGACCUGGUCGUCGUGGAUGAGGUGUCGCUCCUGAACUGUCCGCAGUUUGACCGCAUGGUGAAGUUGUGGAGCGUCGCAGAGAAGGUCCCGGCGCUCGUGUUCCUGGGCGACAAGUAUCAGCUUCCUGGCGUCGGGGAGACGCGCGCGUGGGAGAGCGCCGCCUGGUCACGGCCAGCGUGCUAUCACGUGAAGCUGCACGAUGCGUGGAGAUGCAAGGAGGAGCGCUUUCAAAAGAUCCUCGACGAGAUCCGCACGGCGAAGCCGUCGCAGGAGACGUUGGCGAAGAUCUGUCGGGGGCACAAAGCUUGGAAGAUGGGCGAUCCAUCGCCGACGGAUCUGAAGAAGCUCUACGAGGCGCACCCGGAGACGACCGUCGUCACGUGUACCAGGAAGGGAGCGAAUGCGGUGAACGAAGCUGCAGUGAAGGCUCUGUAUGGUCGCAAGUCCCCGCUGGCAGUCCUUCCAGGCGACGUGGAACUGAACCCAGAGAACUACGAGCAUGGGCAGUUCCGCACCGAUCGCCGCCCCCUGCCGAGCGCUGUGCCGGUGUACAAGGGCAUGCAGAUAUACCUCACGAAGAACGUUCGCAAAGAGGAUGAUUUCGUGAAUGGUAUGUUAUGCGUGGUCGAGAACUACCACGAGGCCGAAGACGUCCUGCGCGUGAGGACAAAGACGGGGCACCGCCUCGCUAUUUUCCGCUGGAGUGAUCGCGAGAAGGAUAAU